AUGUCACUGUUCGGGAAACUGUUUGGAGCAGGAGGGGGUAAGACCAGCAAGGGCAUCCUGACCCCUCCGGAUGCCAUCCAGUGGCUGUGGGACAUGAUGGAGAUGCAAAGUAAGAAGCAGGAAUUCCUGGAGAUGAAGCUGGAGCAGGAGCUGACCGCCACCAAGAAGCCCGGCACAGAAAGAAGCCCGUGGGGCCUCCAGGCACCGAAGGAUAGGAAGAGGUACAGAAAGCAGCUGGCGCAGAUCGAUGGCACACUAUCCACCAUCGAGUUUCAGCGGGAGGCCCUGGAUAACGCCAGGACCAACACAGAGCUGCUCAAGAACAUGGGCUCUGCUGCUAAGGCCACGAAGGCUGCCCACGACAACACGGCCAUCGACAAAGUUGAUGAGUUAAAGCAGGACAUUGCUGACCAGCAAGAACUUGCACGGGAGCUUUCAACAGCUAUUUCAAAACCUGUAGGAUAUGGAGAAGGGUUUGAUGAGGAUGAGCUCAUGGCAGAAUUAGAAGAAUCAGAACAGGAAGAACUAGACAAGAAUUUGCUGGAAGUCAGCAGACCUGCAACAGUCCCUCUACCAAAUGUUCCCUCUAUAACCUUACCAUCAAAACCCAGCAAGAAGGAAGAGAAAGAGGAUGACAUGAAGGAAUUGGAGAACUGGGUUGGAUCCAUUUAA